GGCGUCCAUGGCGGCGGCGAUCGCGCCCUUGCGCUUGGCGGUCAUGAGCGGGAACCGGCCUCUGGACGACCGGGAGCGGAAGCGCUUCACCUACUUCUCGUCGCUGAGCCCCAUGGCCAGGAAGAUCAUGCAGGACAAAGAGAAGAUCCGCGAGAAGUACGGGCCCGAGUGGGCGCGCCUGCCGCCCGCGCAGCAGGACGAGAUCAUCGACCGGUGCCUGGUGGGGCCGCGCGCCCCGGCGCCCCGAGACCCCGCGGAGCCCGAGGACCUCGCGCGCUUGAUAUAACUUGGCAAGAUGAGCACUCUGCCCCUUUCUCCUGGGAAACAAGGAGUCAAAUGGAGUUCAGCAUCUGCGCCUUGUCCAUCCAGGAUCCCGGCAACGGCACUGCAGCCAGUGAGCCCAGGCCGCUGUCCAAAGCUCCCCAGGGCCCGCAGGCUCUCAAGGCCUCCCAGGGCAGCAGGUCCUCCAGCCUGGAUGCCCUGGGCCCUGCCCGAAAGGACGAGGAAGCAUCUUUCUGGAAGAUCAACGCCGAGCGGUCCCGGGGUGAGGGGUCCGAGGCCGAGUUCCAGUCGCUGACCCCUAGUCAGAUCAAGUCCAUGGAGAAAGGGGAGAAGGUCUUACCUGCCUGCUAUCGGCCGGAGCCUGCCCCGAAGGACAGGGAGGCCAAGGUGGACAAGCCCAGCACCCUCCGCCAGGAGCAGCGCACCCUUCUCGGUGUGAGCCAGAGCGGGGAGCGUGAGAGACCCCAGCCCGCCCAGGCCUCCCCAUGCAGCUCGCAUGAGGCCGCCCCCUCCGAGCCCGCGAGGAAGCUGCUGUCCUUUGAGGACACACAGGGUGACGAGGACGACGCACUCUUCAUGGAGCCCAAGCCUGCACAGGUCAGCUCAAGCACUGUCGUCUUGAAGACCGGGUUUGACUUUCUGGACAAUUGGUAAAAUGUGUCCAACAAAAUCGGCGAACCAGGAACCCCAACGUGCUUUCCAAAGUGUCGCGUGAGGAGGAUAAAAGGGCAUACUUUUUCGGUAUUUUCUCAAUUUCUCUACACUCUUUUCUUAAUCAUUUGGAAACAAACUAGUAAAUAUUGCCAGAUUUUUCCUUUUUUGGUAAAACCAGAUAUAUAUGCUAUUUUCAGUGAUUUGAUAACAGAAGUUUUACAUUUGGAGUUUUUAAGAACCGCUUAGAAUUCAAUAAAGCUUGUAAAUAAAACUUCUGUUCCCGGCCCCACCCACUUUCCCUCCGCAAAGGAAGCGUUUUCCCAGCCAGCUCACAGAACUCCAAAACGCGAUCUCCAUCCCCUCCUUCGCUCCCCACCCCUGUUUAACGCGUGGCUUCCCCUGGGCCACGGCACGUCCUCCACGUCCUCAGCUCGAUGACAUCAGCGUGCUGGCAGUCCCCAGGACAGAUCUGGCCCACGCACUUCCCACUCAGCACACAGCUGCCCAGGCAUCUCCGGCCAGGGCCCCGCCUCUAAGCAUGUGCCACCCUGCACCCAGAAAGCAGACGGUUGGCACGUGGCAGGUGGCGUCUAUGCUGCCCCAACGCGUAUUAAAAGUACCAGUCUUUGUUUAAAAAGAGCUGCAUGUUUAAAAUUUUGCAGUAACUUUUCAUUUUUCUGUAUCUAGAUUCAGCGACAACAGGGCUGUGGCUUUUCUUGAUUUUGUACCAAUUCCUUUCGGAAGUUCUUGUUCUGUAUGUGGCUUGUGGUUGCCCUGUUGUGGGCACCUGUGGAGCCAGGGCAGAUGGUGGGCACAGCUGGAGGGCGGGCUCUUCUGAUGAGCGGCAUUAGAACCUUCCUGGCAGCUGGAGACUGACACCUCCAUCCCAAGGACCGGGAGGCUGGGUUGUAAAGGAGCCUCCCAACCCUGACCUCCACCGGAGCAGAGUGGAAGAGUGACCACCCUGCAGCGCCUCCUGGAGGCCUGUGUGGGUAUCGGUUCAAACUCUCCCUGCUGCCCGUGGACCGAGGUGGCCCUGGCCUGCAGAGAGGCAUGGAGCUCUGCUAGGGAAGCCGCUCCCUCCCAGGGUCCUUGACCUGUGGCCCCUGAGCUGUCCAAGCCCUGCGUUGUGACCUCUACGCCACUCCCACUGCAGUUUCCUCACCUGAAGCCUUAAUCCCUCUGAGCCCUGCCAGGAGAGCUUGGUGUCAGUACCCAAAUGUGUGUUUGAAACAAUUCCCAGGAUAUUUUAUCUGGCUGCAAGACAAAGCACGUGGCUGCUCCCCCAGGAGGGUUCUGCCAGUGCCGCAGCAUGGCCAGCACUCACUCUGGUUGCUGCCAGUCGCUUGGGGUCCCAAAGCCUCGUCUGCCUCCUUGGGGCCUGGAGUGACCUUCUUCCUUUAGCGACCAAGUGUAACUUGGCAAAAACAGGUCCUUUCGGAGCUGCUUAGGCACGGUUGGUCCAUGCAAGGGGAGACGGGCCCUAGGGAUCCCAGCUGCCACUGCACUGGCCCCCUGCAGGGCUAACCACAGACAGGGAGCCUCAGAGCACGGCCUCCUGCCUCCGCUUUCUGCCUUGAAGCCGCAGCCAUUUUAGAACCCAGGUAGCAGUACGUGUGUACGUGAGUCCCUGAGUGCUGGUACAGCAGGGAGAGGGCUGUGGCUUGGGACGCUGACCAAGGUGAUCUGUCCUUGUGGCUGGAGUCCCGACUUCUUCCCCAUGUUCCCAGAAAGCCGUGAAGUUCUCCUUGGAGCUGAGAUGUGGGGGUUAUCGAAAGCUGCCCCUUACUGCUGUCUGGGGCCCUGCACCCAGCAGGCCUCAGUGUAUCUGCGAAUAGUGGCUCUGGUUGGUAUGGAGUCCCAAAUCACACGUAGAAGCAGAAACCGGGAAGUCCCAGAGAGGCGCCUAGGGUUUGGUUGCUGCUCAGCUUCUGGACAGAGCCAAGGGCUGGAGGACGCACUGGUGGUCUCCCUCCUGCUGGGCUUCGGGUCUUCACCCCGGACCAAGUGGAUGCGAAGACGGUUCUUCCCCUUCUACGGAGACAUCUCAGCAUCCAGACGUUAAACUCUAAGUUCGCCGCAUUGUUUCCCCAGGCAUCAGGAUGGGGAGUUCAGACAAGUUUUGAGACCGUGCACACUUUGCAGCUGAAGCCAUCUGGCUAAGAGGCCGGCCCACGCCCACCUGCAGCCCCUGGGAUGCAGCAAGGAUCCUGUGUCCUGCUUUUGGUGACGCAUUUUACGGGAACUCCCCAGGGCUUGGGAGCACAUUCCGCUUUACCUCGGCCCCUCUCUGGCUGGCCGGGUGGGGAGCGCUGCCCACCUGGGGCAGCAGGCCUCACCGUGAGCCUCGCCUCCAUGUGGAUGGCGGAAGGGGCCUCCCUUUCCUAGCGCCUCCUUUCUUUGAUACACAUUUUAAAAAAUGAUAAACUCUUCCUGGCACCUUGUAACUUGGUCGUAUUUUAUAUUAAUAGCCUUUAAUAAAGUCAUUUUUAAAAUGC